UGCAUGAGGACAGCAGCUCGAACUGAGCCGUGACAUAAAGAUGAUCUUCUACGUUGCUCUACAAUUCUUUUUCCAAAGUUUUGCUUUUGGAAAUUUAAUUGUCACUCAGGCUCCCAAAGAGCUGCAUCUAUAUGAAGGGGAACCAGCCAGGAUAACAUGCAACUGGACUAUUGAGAAGGAGACACAGAUCCGAGUAGAAUGGAGAAGAUGUCACAUGUCAGUGACAGGGGCAGAAAUGACAACUAUGUCAUCCCUUAUAUGGAACAUUGAGAGCGCACUUAUACCUACACAAAGCAGCAGCAAUGCUACAACGUAUAUUAUAGCUAAUAACACAGCAAUGAUGGCAAUAGACUCAGUCACAGAGAAUGAUAGUGGCCUGUAUAUCUGCGAGAUCUUUAUUGAAACACCCACAUACGAUCAUGGAAAAGGAAAUGGUACACUAUUAAAAGUCCGGGACUAUGUCAGACAUACAGUUACAGAUAACAUAUUUGGAUAUAUGAUUUUACUUCUCAUCAUCCCCAUAAUGGUUACAGUUUAUUGCUGUUACCACAACAGGAAGAAGAAAAAAGAACUACACCUUGAUCACACCUACGGCAAUGUUACAAGAAAAGUACCUGAGGCUAAGAAGUCGACUAGUGUGAAAUGUAAAAGUGGCAACCGGAGGACAGUGGUGUGAAGCUGUUAUCUACAAACGCUACAGUAAAGAAACAAAAGCUAAAAACCCAGAGUCACUGUUGGUAUUCCUGUGUAUAUUGUGAAGUACAGUAUGUUGCAAAUAUUACACAAGACAACUAAAUUAGCGACUGCAGAAAUGACAAUAUUAUGAUGCACUAUGUGACCUUGCAAUGCAGAGUCCGGCAGAAUGAAACUAUUGUUUAACCCUUCAUAUACAGCAUGGGAAAGGAAUGCCAUGUUUCAGUCGACCUUAACUGUGAAACUCAUAUACGUCUAAGAUACUUUCAAUUUCCAUAAUAAGAACACAGCCCUAGUAAGCACGUUGUCCCAUUGCAAUCUGGCUGGACCAAUAUGCAAUCCUUGGAAUCUAUCAUCACUUAUCAAACUCCUACUGUCCUACAUAUUGCCUACUAGAAGCCUUCUGAAAUUGCCUUCUCUGUCUGCAUCCAGUGGAAUGUGAUUAGCAGAAGUGAAGGAAGGAGGGAUACAGUUUCAGUGAAAUCAUUAAAAGUGUCAAUUGUAUGCAUCAUAUGUAUAUUAUGUAUAGUAGUUAUUAGUUUUACUGUAUUAUUGAAUCAGAAAUGUAAAUUUUAAAUAGGGGGUAGUAUUCAGUACAAAUAUAUACACGCAUUAAUGUGAUAAUUAAGCUAAUUAAUUACUAGUUAUUCGUCAGUUGCUACCAAAUUCCCGAGAGAAUCUUUCCAUCCUGUCAGCACAUAUAGAGGAAGCAUAUGUAUCUUACGUCCUAUUAUGGAUCUUGCGUCCUGUUUCAAGGACAUGAUUGAUAAGAUCCGAAAUGAAAUGGUAUGCUCUUCCACAGCCUGUGACCUGCUCAGUUCCAUUCCUGAACCCUCUAACACCUGCUCUUCAUUUGAUCCCACAAAUGAAGAUGAAGUAGCUGCACUCUUCUCACCUGCCUGCUCUACUACCUCUCCCCUUGAUUCUAUACCCUCACAAAUUAGUAAAACGCUGUCUGCUGUGCUCAUCCUGACCUUAACUAAAAUCUGUAAUCUCUCUCUGUCUACUGGUAUCUUUCCUUCUCUUUACAAGCAUGCAGUGACUACUGCCAUUCUGAAAAAAACGAAAUUCUGACCCAAACACUCUCUCAAACUACCAUCCCAUCUCUCAGCUCCCAAGCCCCUCCAUGCUACUUGAGAGUCUUGCCUACACUCACCUCACACACUUUUUUUUUUAACUCACACAGCUUACUGGACCCACUUCAGUCAGGAUUUCGUGCCCAACACUCCACAGAGACAGCACUGACUAAGGUACAGUAGUGAAUGAUCUUGUCACUGUUGACCACUCUCUCCUCAUACAAACACUACAAUCCCUAGGUCUUCAGGACACAGCCCUUUCUUGGUUCUCAUCCUACUUAUCUAAUCGCUCCUUCAGUGUUCGUUUCUCUAAUACCACCUCCUCUUCGCUACCUCUCUCAGAGUACCGCAACACUCAGUCUUAGGUCUUCUGCUUUUCUCUAUCUAUACCACAUCUCUUUGUAAACUAAUUACCUCUUUCCGUCUUCAGUAUCAUCUGUAUGCAGAUGAUACUCAGAUCUACCUAUCCUCCCCAGAUUUGUCACCAUUUGUAUUGGCCCGUGUCACUGAAUGCUUUUCUGCCAUUUCAUCUUGGAUGACAUCUCGCCACCUCAAACUUAAUAUUUCUAAAACAGAAUUUAUUAUAUUUCCACCAGCCAAUAGUAGUUCCCAUUCCCAACCUGAUAUAUCUAUCACUGUUGAUAACUCAGUAAUCAUCCCUACCCCACAAGCUUGCUGCCUAGGUGUCAUCCUUGACUCUGAACUGUCCUUUGUUCCCCACAUUAAAUCUGUCCCAAAAUUAUGUUACAUACAUCUAAGAAACAUAUCCAAAAUAUGACCAUAUCUUACACGCGACACAGCAAAAACUCUGAUCCAUGCUCUCAAUAUCUCCUGCAUUGAUUAUUGUAAUAGUCUCCUGACUGGUCUUCCCAAACAUAGGCUCUCACCACUACAAUCCAUUUUGAAUGCUGCUGCGAGGCUAAUCUUCCUCUGCAGAUCCGCUCUGUCAGUCCCUCCAUUGUUUACCGGUGCUCUACCGUAUUAAAUAUAAAAUACUUUACUUACGUACAAGGCUAUUAACCAAACUGCACCAUCAUACAUCUCUUCACUCAGCUCAAGAUAUCUUCCUAACCGACCUCUUUGCUUUGCACAUGAUCUGCAUCUCUCAUCCACACUCAAAAUUACAGGACGUUAUCUGGGCUUCACCCACUCUGUGGAAUGCCCUCCCACACACAAUAAGACUCACCUCUAGUCUCCAAACCUUUAAACGUUCCCUGAAAAAUCACCUCUUCAGACAAGCCAAUCAAAUUCCAGACCCACCCACAUAACCUUCAAUGCUUCCUUAUCUAAUUACAUCCUCUCUGUACAGUACACAUAACCUCAAAUAUUUUGUCUUUCUUUACUCUCACACACUCCUGACACUUGUCCAACAUUGCUGGGUGAUCAUAUCAUACAACCCAUUAAGAACCUAGCAAUCUGGUGGACCAUUAUGCAAUAGAUAACAUAGCAAUCUGGUGGACCAUUAUGCAAUAGAUAACAUCUAACCUUGUGUAUCAAUGCCUAUUUCCCUACAGAUUGUAAGCUUGCGAGCAGGGCCUUCCUCCCUCUAUGUCUGUCUGUUUUUACCCAGUUUUGGGGGUCAUUCCGAGUUGAUUGCUCGCUAGCAACUUUUUUGCUGUGCUGCGAUCAGAUAGUCGCCACCUAUAGGGGAGUGUAUUUUCGCUUUGCAAGUGUGCGAACGUUUUUGCAGCCGACGGCACAAAAAAGUUUGUUGCAAUUUCUGAUUAGCUCUGGACUUACUCAGCUGCUGUGAUCACUUCAGACUUUUUGGUCCCGGAAUGGACAUUAGACACCCGCCCUGCAAACCCUUGGACAUGCCUGUGUUUUUCCAAACACUCCCAGAAAACGGUCAGUUGACACCCAUAAACGUCCUCUUUUUGUCAAUCACCUUGCGAUCAGAACCUGUGUGUUUUCGGGAGAAUGUUUUUUUUAUUUUUUUACAGGCAAUCCAUCUGGAUAGCCUGUAAAAAAAAAAAAAAAAAAAAUCGGUGAAACAUCGGAAAAAAGUCCGGAAAGCAGCCGUUUUUCGGACCCGAUGUUUUUCCAGGGAUAAUUGGAUAUCCCCCCAUCUUGUUUUGCUCAUUUGUUUAUGCACUUUGUUAGGGACUGCAGAACCCUUGUGGCGUCAUAUAAAUGAUAAUAUAAUAAUUAGUGGUUAUAGAAGUUUAAAAUCAGUGUUGCACUUAGGUGAACUUUAAUGUACAAUGAAUCUGGAAUGCUAUAGUUUUUCAGUUUGUGGAUCUAAAAUCAUUAUCAGUACUUCAUAAGGGUGAUGACUGUAAUGUCAAAUGAAUAUA